GUGUGUUGGAAUCCAAGAUGGAGUCUCGGGGAUAUGUUCGCAGACGAGGACAAUCAAACAAUGGAAACUCGUGAACAAUGGAGCGAAAUACAACAUGGUCACGGAAGUAUAUCUGUUAUGUAAUAAUUUCCAAUGCGGACUGAACUUGCACUAAAUAUAUUGGCUUAUGGAUAGGAAAAUUUGAGUCGCGUUGGUAGUUUGUUGACUUAAUCUUCAUCAUGACUUCCAAGGAAGUUGAGUAAAGUUUUAUCCGGUGAAGUGGCUUAUUUCAAAUGUGACAUAAAACUACAGAUCCAUGUGACGGAAAUAUAAUUUGACUCAGAUUCCCCUAAACCUGGGACCCUGCUGGAAAAACUACGGCAGAUCAUUAAUUAGCAGUUUACCAGCUAAUUACCUACACCUGCUCUAGCUGGGUUAGUUUAGGUAAAAUUGUCAACGCAAGACCCGCGACUUGAUUUGAUUGAAAAGAAAAUCAUUUUUCGCAAAAAAAGAACAAAAAUGGAUCAGAUUCCUGAAAAGUUUGCUAUGAGCAAGGCGACUAAUUGCCGUAGAAGCACAUACAUUAUUGAUUUUCAAUUCUGUAUAAUUUUUGCAACAUACUAGUUAACGGCGUCAAAUUUGCCCCCGUCUUCUAUAGAAACCUUACAUCCACCAGCAAAAAUGGACCAAAUUCGCCAAAUGCUUGCUCUGUGUGAGCAAGGUGAUAUGGCAUCAGUGGUCAUGUUGCUUGACCAGGGUCCAGGAGUGGAAGUGGACAGUGCAGAUGACGAAGGGACAACUCCCCUGGCCAUGGCAGCAGCUAAUGGCCACGAGCAACUGGUGAAGGUGCUUUUGAUGAAGGGGGCCGCCUUGGAUAAACCUAACAACUACAGGUGGACUCCCAUUAUGCAUGCUGCUCGUCACGGACACACAAAUGUUGUCAGUCUACUCCUACAGAAUAAAUGUGAUCUGUAUGCAUCAAAUAAACUACAUGCUACGGCAUUGACUUUAGCUGCAAGGGGAGGUUAUAUUCAGACAGUGAGGCUUCUUGUGGAAUCUGGUAUUGACCUCAAUUCGUGUGGAACUAGCUGUGAAUUCACCCCCCUCAUGGCUGCAGCCCAAUACGGCCAUGAUGUCGUCGUAAGAUAUCUCUUAGAUCGCGGAAGUGAUGUGAACUAUCGCAUGCCCUCCACAGGGUUGAAUGCACUGAUGCUGGCUGCAGUGAAUGGUCACAUGACAACGGCACAAAUUUUGAUUGAACGAGGCUGUGAUCCAAACUUGACCAAUGCAAAUAACCACACAGCAUUGGAGAUUGCAUCACAGAGGCGGAAAAGGGAAGUCAAAGGUUAUUUGGAUCGCAAAACUACAAAUAAGCCCUCUGCUGAACAAAUUAGUAUCAAGCCAGACAUCAUAGAAGCAACUAAAAAUGGCAACUUACAGAGGGUCAAAGAAAUCCUGGAUGAAGAUAUAAGUCAAGUUGACGCCUUUUCACCAGGAGAUGGUGCCACCCCGCUCAUGUUUGCAGCCAUGACAGGCCGAAUGGACAUUGCACAGCUUCUGGUAGAGAAAGGAAGUGAUGUGAACAAACAGGACUGUAUCAGUGGCUGGACAGCAAUUAUGCAGGCAUUAUAUCAUGGGUGCUGAAGAGGAACCAAAGAGUGGUCUAAAAGCCUGGUGGAACAGGAUGUCCAAUAGAUUCAGAAAUCUUCGACUGGGACACACAUUCCGCAUUGGCUCCAAUAGACUGGCUCCAAUGCCAGAGAAUGCAGUUCUUACUGAUGACACACUGAGAGGCAAUACAAGUCCUAAGGGCGGAGACAGCAAGGUGAAGGGCAAUGGCAAUACUCCGGGGGCAGAUCCCUCCCUCACACUACAGUCAGUAGACAGUUUUGAGACCAUUAUGCUGGAGAGUAAAAAGAAUGCUUUUACUCUGGGCAUUAACAGUAACUUGCCAAGUGAAACACUUAAACCUGUGAUACCUCCAUUUUUCCCACCACCAACCUUUGAGAUGGACAAUAGUGACCGCAGAAUGCCCCUUGGGAGGCCACGGUCAAUGGUGUCAUUAGACACUGCUGGAACCACUACUCCUAGCAGACCUUACAGACCAAAUACUCUGAAGUUUCUGAACAAGCGUCCUGUGAGCAGUAUCAGCCCCAGCCCUGUCAGUCCUUCUAGCUCAGGAAGAUACUCAUACAACAACCCAAGCCCUGGGUCCUCAGGUGGUGGUAGUAUGUUUGGCCAGGCAUUCAGCAGGGCCAGGUUACCAGCCAGUGUAUCCUUGGGGGCUUUAUCAACUGUACACCAGCAUGGAGAGUAUCUAGGCAAGUCUGGUUCCAGUGGUGCCAGCAGUAUUCAUCUAACAGAUGUGAAUCUCAGAUCUAGUCAGGACAACAUGCUCUACCUGCCAGCCACACACCACCUGCCCCCAGUCAAGCUGACAGCACUCACAGUACAGCAGCAGAGCAGGGGAAAAAGGGGUAGAACAGCAAGUUCCCCAGGUUUUCUGCAGACCUCGGGCAACAGCUCAUCCACCAGUGGCAGUUCAGCACAGCUCACACCCAGGAAACCCAAGUCUAAGAGUACCUCCUCCCGCGGCAGCACCACCUCUACCCUGACACCGUCACCAUCUCCCACACCAGGGAAGCAAGCCAAGGGGCCGUCAGCUCCUAGCUCAGGCAGCCGUUCCAGCUCCUCUAACACCAAGACCAACCCUGCCGACCCUGAGGACCAGGGGGACCUGGGGGGUAUUCUGAAGAAGCUGUCCUUGGAGAGGUAUCAACCUAUAUUUGAGGAACAGGAGGUGGACAUGGAGGCCUUCCUCACCCUGUCCGAUGCUGACCUACAGGAACUGGGCAUAGACAGCAAUGAACCUAGGAAACAGAUCCUCUCUGCCAUUUCUGAGCUCAACUCAGGGAAGGGGCGAGAGAGGCGAAGAUUGCAUGAAACCAUGACCAACUUUCAGAACACAUUUACUGACAGUGGUCCUGGGAGCAGUGGAGGCACAGUGGGAAGAUGGAGUCUACAAGAAGAACCAGGGAUACGCGGAGAGACAAGUGCCAAGUCCAGAGCAUCCUGACACACAGUGUCUCAGUGACAGUUUAGGUGAUCAGGACACAGUGACAGUUCAGAGCAUCUUAGCACAAUGUUACAGUGACAGUUCAGUAAUUAUGUCACAGUGACAGUUCAGGCAAUCAUGACAUAGUGUCACUGUGAUAGCACAGGGCAUCAUUACAGUGUCACAGUGAAAGCACAGGACACCAUGACUCAGUGUCACAGUGACAGCACAGGACAUCAUAACAGUGUCACAGUGACAGCACGGGACACCAUGACUCAGCAUCACAGUGACAGUUCAGGCAAUCAUGACACUAUGUGAAAACGGCAGCUGUUAAUCUGCCAUGUCUUGGAUUAUUCUGUCAUGUGGCUACAACACAACCACAUAGUGUCACAGUGACAGUGCAGGGCAUCUGACAUUAUGCCACCAUGACAGUCCAUGAUAUCCUGACAUAAGGCCACAUGUUGUUUGUGAUCACCUUGCUCACCCCUGCUUCUGCACCCCUGAGUCAGAGAAGAAAUAUCAUCAAUGACACAUUAAAACAGUUGAGAUAACACCUUACUGUAAUAGACCAUGCCACUGUGAUACUUGGCUCAGGAACAAAAUGCCCAGUGACACAUGGCCAUCUGAUGUCUCCAGAUGGUGAGGGACCAUGUCAAUGUUAACUGGUCUAUAUAUAACAUGCAGAGGCUGACCAAUGUCUUUUCAUUGGACACCACACAGUUCUGCGACAGCAGAGGUCUUACAAUGUGCAAAUACAUAGAUUACCAUGUCAUUGACUAGAAUAACACCUGAAAAAAAAGGGACCCACUUUUUUUAAAAAAAUGUGACGAAUUGUGCACAGAGUUGGAGACUCUAAGGACAGCGACAUGUCUUACAUAUCUUAUCUAACUGUGGCAGUGCUUGGCCAGUUGGCAAGUUCUGUCUUAUCCCACCAUGGAGGGCAUAUUCUCCACGUAGUCUCAUUCAGUAGUCACAGCCAGUAUUAAUAUUAAAAAGAAAACGAUGUGGUACCAUGACAGGGCAAAGUGGAAAGAAAGAAUGUGCUCUUUCGUUGAUGGGUAUUUUGCAACGUUUUGUAUUUUUGCUCUUUUUUUUACUUUUUAAAGUUUGCAUUUUUUUGCAGAUAAGUUCCCAUAUAUUGGUAUUGUGCACAGUUUCAAAGUAAUUUUUCUUACUUAUUUCAGAAUAGUUCCCAUGUUGAUUCACUACACUAUCAGAGUCACAACUAUACAUUAAAAAUAUGAUCUUAUAUUAAGAAGAGGAUUUUGGUUUUUAUAUAUAUAUAUUCACUUAUUUCUAACACAGCACUUCUUAUAGAGAAGAGGCACUGCCAGGCAGGUCUGUAAAUUGCAGAUCUUUUUCUGCUGACCUCUUGCCUUUUUGGCUAAAUCUCUGUCCUGUCCACAUAACUAAUACAAAAAUAUCAAAAUUUUUAUUUGUAUAACAAGCAUCAAUAACUGUUUAAUCUUGACAUUUAUAUCGUCUGUGUUAAUUCAGUGUUAAAUUUCGCAUUUGUAAAAGCAAUUUUGAACAUAUGUAUUUUUCUGACGGUUCACAAACUAAUUACUAGAGAAAUGGAGAGUAUAUUAGGUCCUUUUAUCUUUUGGUAAGAGGCUAAGGUCUCCACUGGUUCAAAGAGUGCACUAAACAUAAGUGGAUGUAAUGAAAAAUUGUAACCAAAUGAUUACCCUCUUUUGUACCAAAGACUGCACAAUCAACUAAUCAUGCACCCUGAUAUGAAUUCAAAUUUUCUGUUUAGUUAUGUUUAUGGGUUGCAAAUAUUUACAUGCAUCUGUAAGCCUGUGAAAGAGCACUUGGAAGUUUUAAUAACAGUUAAAAAGCACUUAAAAUUUUUAACAAUGGCAAUUGAAAAGGAAUAUUUAAUUAGAGUGCAAUCCUUAUAGCCGAAUGAUCUCAUUUUUUAAUGUAAUUGCAUAUGUUUAUUAUUUGAAUAAUAUUUCAUUGUGGCACCGUAUGUAUGUGAGAUUUGUUUCUCCUGUAAGGGUGUCCAGAUGUUAGAGAUAAUCCUAUUUUUUCAUCAGGCUUACCAGUGAUAAUUGCAAUGUAAAAAAACUGCUGAUAAGUUUAGCAAUACGUAGUGCCAGUGAUUAUAUUAAUGUAUAUAUUUCUAGAAUAUAGAUAUAUUGGAACAUGUAUAUCAUAUAGGUAAGUGUUUAUGGAAAUAUUUUCCCAGAAAACGUACUUGUAUUUGUCCCCUAAUAAAGGGUAUCUUUGGUGCACUCCAGAGAUGAAUCCUUAAAAGA